AUGGUCAACUCCUGCUGUGGAUCCAUCUGCUCUGACCUGAGCUGCGGAAGAGGCUGCUGCCAAGAGACCUGCUGUCAGCCUGGCUGUUGCUUCUCAGAGUGUCCAGCCUCCAGCACUUCUGGGAUCUACGGGAAUCUGCAACUCAUUUUCAAGUGGUUUCAGAGGUUACCUUGGCAAGCAAAAGUAAAAAUGCUGCCCUACAUUCCUCAGAGUGUGUCAACAGAGCGAGAGCAUCACACGUUCAUGCCCUAUUGUCCCCCGCCAUGCUGCGUGUCCAGCUGCUGCAGGCCUUGCUGCCCGCCAACCUGCUGUGUGCCCAGCUGCUGCCAGCCUUGCUGCCGCCCAACGUGCUGCCAAACCACAUGCUGCCGGACGACUUGCUGCCACCCAACCUGCUGUGUCCCCCCUUGCUGCCAGCCUUGUUUCUGCCCUACUUGUGGCCCAUCGUAUUGCUGCUGA